AUGUCAGGAAAUCGAAGUUCCCGCGGUCGACAGAAGUUUCCCACAACGGCGAAGAAAUGCUUGAUUUCACCGAAUCAACGUUCGGCAGCCAGGGGCGUAGCUCCAGCAGCGCCGGCAGCAAACCCGGUUGAUUUCCGAGCACCGGACACAGCAUGUACCAGCAAACCCAAAGAUGACUUAAGUACGAAACUUUUGGAGCUAGAUAACACGUUGCUGAACGCGGUCGAUUUGGCCAGCAUCGAGAAAAAAGUCAAGCGUUCGAUGCCGCGUACCUCAUGGGGCGGAAAUAUGACACGCGCCGCAGCCGAUCAACCGAUCACGCCGUUUCGAAAACGUUCCAAAUCAGUUGGAGCCAUUGAAAGAAGGCUUAUGGCAAGUCCUCCGAAACUGCAAAAAUCAGCUGUAAGUAGUCGAAAGAUUUAUGUGCUUAAAAUGAACAUGGACGGUAGCGAGGUGCGCGACGGAGGGAGGGACAGCGGCUGUAAUGAAAAUCUUACAUCAAAUCGGUCAAACGUUGCAAACGAGGAAACUCCUACGGUUCGUCCUCUGUGGUCUGGGGUGGAAAAUGACGAUGCUGAAAUGCUACCAUGUGGACAGGUACCGAUCGCCAGCCAUGAUCAACUUGACACGGACGAAAUAAUCAAGGCUAAACUGAAACGGAUCGGGUCCACCAAACCAGUAACGCACGUCGGUGAUAUGCUGCGAGAGAGUAACGGGUUCGAGGUGUACACAAACCAGGACAUCUGUUCGCAGUACAUGCGGCAAGACGAGUCCCUCGCUGAUGAGGGGGUGGAGCGAAUCGUCGCGAUCGGUGCAUCACAAAUAGGUCAUCCGGAGCGUCCGUCACAUUUCCAGCAGGUAGCCGCUGAAGCUGAACGUACCUUUGAGCUGCAGAAGGUGAGCGAAGCGUUGCGGAUUUUUGAAAUCUGUGACCGUACGCUGCACGACAUGACCAACAUUGAGCCGAUGGCGAAUGCGAUAGGCGAGGGAAGCUCGCGAAUGAGGACCAGCAACUCGACCAUAGCGGCCAUCAAUCGUGAUGAGGGAAUUUCAGAUCAGACUACAAAGCCAAAGUUCACCGUACCCCACGUAUCGUCGCUUUUCCUCGAGAAGGGUCCGUUCUUUGGGCUACCGAACAACGUUCGGCGAAUGCUGCGAGACUUUCGUGGUAUUGGCGAGCUGUACGAUUGGCAGCAGGAGUGUCUGGACUUGCCGGCGAUCGACGAGAGACGUAAUUUGAUCUACGCACUGCCAACGAGCGGUGGAAAGACACUGGUGGUGGAGAUUCUUAUGCUACGGGAGAUUAUUUGCCGCCUGCGGAACGUCAUGUUCGUCGUGCCGUACGUUUCAUCCGCUCAGGAGAAGCUGAUCGCGCUCACUCCGUUCUCGAUCGAGCUGCAGUUUUUAUUGGAGGAGUACACCGGUGGUAGGGGACAAUGUCCGCCGCUCAAACGGCACAGAAAAAACACGAUCUUUGUUUGUACGAUCGAAAAAUCGCUCAUCCUCAUGAACUCUCUCAUCGAGGUGGGUCGCGCGGACGAGAUCGGGCUGAUCGUGAUCGACGAACUGCAUAUGAUUGGAGAGCAGCGACACGGGGGCACUCUGGAGAUGUUGAUCACCAAGGUGCAGUCGCUACGAGCCGGAAUUCAGAUCGUAGGAAUGAGUGCUUCUAUCGGAAACUUGGGUGAAUUGGCCCGUUUCAUGCUAGCCGACGUUUACUGUCGCGAAAAUCGGCCGGUGGAGUUGAAGGAAUACAUCAAGUGGGGGGAAGAUCUGUUCGAGGUUCGCAGCCAAGCCGAACGCAUAUUUGAUGUGUUAGGAGAAAAGCGAAAGUUAGAGUUUAACUACGGUGAGGAACUGCGGCGGAUCGACGUGGACCAUGUGAUUGGUCUGAUCAUGGAAGUAAUCCCCAAGGGUUCGUGUUUGGUGUUUUGUCCUACCAGAAACAGGUGUGAAAGUUUGUGCGCCAUGCUAGCGGCCAACUUGCCGGAUUCAUUUGCCCAGCACCGGGCAGAGGAAAAAGCGCAGAUUAUAAAGUCUCUCCAGGAUGACGGGUCCGUUGCACCAAUCCUUCCGCAUUCGUUUCGUGUCGGGGUCGCGUACCAUCACGGUAGGUUAACGCAGGACGAGCGACGUAUGAUCGAGGAUGCAUUCCGGGCCGGCAUCCUUUCGGUGAUCGUGUGCACUUCCACUCUGGCCGCCAGUGUGAAUCUUUCGGCAAAACGUGUAAUAAUCUGCUCUCCCUACAUUGGGAGCGAUUUUUUUACGCUAAGUCGCUACAAACAAAUGGUUGGCCACGCAGGGCGUGCGGGUAAACGCGACACCGGCGAUUCCAUACUUAUUUCCGCCAUGCGCGAUAUUCCGCAAAUUUGCGAGAUGUUCUGCUCACCACUGGACUUCGCCGAGUCGGCGCUCUUGGAAGACGAAGGAGCCUGCUUGAAAUCGCUCGUACUCGGCUCGAUCGGGCUCGGUCUUUGUAAGACACGGAAUGCGCUUCAAGCGAUGGUUGGAAGCACACUGCUAGCGCAGCAAGCGAAGCGACGCGAAAUCGAUCUCGAGGCCAUCACCGAUGAAACGAUCGUGCAGCUGUAUCAGGGCAAUGCGAUAAAGGCAACGCACGAUAGCUGUCUGCGCAAUCCCACGAACAUGGUUGUACAAAUCAGUGCCGCAGAUGGACGAUCGGAGGAAGCGGUAGGACAGGCGUUCGUUCGAGUACACAAGACACCUUCCCGUCCGGGUAAGGUUUUCAAAACGAUCGAUCGAACGAGCCCGCUGGAAGUGAUCAACCUUGGCAAGGCGGCCAUCCGAGCCGGGUUCGACAUAGAGCGAGCGGUCCGGUUCUACAACGAGAUGCAGGAACUAGGCAAACGACUGUGUGUGCUCGAUGAGUUCGAUCUGCUUUUCCUCAUUCUGCUUGAGGACGGAUUGGAAGUAUAUUUCAAAAUUGAGGAUUUGAUCAUUCUGACCAGUAAACUCUCGGAUGCACUGCGAAAAAUCGCCGCAAGGUACAACAUCAGUCAAGUGGUUAUAGAGAAAAUUCUAAAGCGCCGCACUGUACCCGACGAGACAAUGUUCCUAAUGCAGCGUUUCUUCCGUGUGCUAAUCGUACACGACCUUUGGAGCCAAACGGAUCUCCAGGAAGUUGCCCUCAAGUACCGCGUGAGCGCGGGGGCGAUUCAGACGCUAAUGACCGCCGCCGCUGGGACAGCGCACAGUUUGCUGCGGAUGUGCGAGGAAAUCCCGGAACUGUGGGUGUUCCAGCACCUGCUGACGGGCAUGACCAAACGAUUGACGCACUACUGUAAGCUCGAGCUGAUGCCACUGAUGGAGCUGCCAUCGAUGAAGCUGGGCCGUGCCAAACAGUUGUACCGGGCGGGGUACACGACGCUCGGCUCUUUAGCCCGUGCCAAAUCGAAGGAGCUGGUAGAAACCAUCGAAUACAUGAACUACAGGACGGCGAACCAAUUGAUACUGAGCGCGAAGGCGAAACUUAUGGAACAAGUUGAUGUCCUACGCGAACAGGCCGAAGAGUAUCUCUCGCAGAUGAAUCGUUGA